AUGAAUGUUAAAGAAUCAAGCCAUGAGAAAGAAGGAAUACAAAUAAUGGAACCUGUGGCUGAUACAAUACACCAAAUUGUCGAUAAUACAUUAAAUGAGAAUAAUGAGCAGCCACAAGAAGAAGAGGUUCCACAAUUACAAGAUAAUGAAUCAGUAAAUAACGAACCACAAGUGCAAGAAACAGAAGAAAGCAACAAUGAUGAUGUUGAAAAGCAAAAUGUAACUACUCAAGCCGAGUCUACGUUUCCAACAACAACAGAAGGUCUUCAUAUUUUAGUUGUAAAAGAUGAUCAAGUACGAAAAAGUACAGAGCCAACGCCAAAGGCCCAAUUUUUGAAAGCUCUAAAUCCUUCACCUAGAACUAUCUCAAGAACUAAUAAAAAGCCACUAAAAAGAAUUUCAUCACCUCAAUAUCAUAUGUCUCCAAACGAAGUCACUGCAAUCUGCGAUAAACUCCUUGCUGGAAAGAAGGUUGACGUAGAUAUUACCAAAUAUUUGCAGGACUUAUUACUUGAAUUUUCAACUCGAAGGAAAAUCGCUAUGCAAAACAACCAAUACCUCCAAUCAAAGAAAAUUGAUGAUAUUACUGCUCACCUAAAGAAGCAAUUUGCAAGCAAAGAUCUUGAAGAUCUUUACCUUGAAAAUCUUCAGCAGGCAAAAGAUAGAACAAAGCAGGCUCAAGAAGCCCUGGAUUAUACAAAGCAGCAGUGUAAAAUUAAGGAGCAGGAGUAUCAUGAAAGAUUUAAACGCGAAGCCGAAGAAUUACAACAAAAGCAAAUGGACGAGAUGGAAGAAAUCGACUCCAAAUGGCUUGAUCCAUCACUUCAGCGUAAAUUUACUAAGCAAAGUAAGGUUUUGCUUCAGCAACGCGCAAUUGAGAAAUAUAUGGUACUUGCAGGCGAACUUGAAGCGGCAGAAGAGAUUAAAAAGAUGAAUAGAGAAGCUGAAAAGAAGGAAUCCCAACAGAAGUUUUCAGAAUUGCAAAGUUCAUACGAAUCUGAUUUGCAAAGAGUCCAAGAUGAGCAUGAAAAGCAACGCCAUGAACUCCAAACACUUCACCAGUUCCAAUUGGAAGCUCUUAGAAAAGAAAACGCAAUUGCACUUGAAGUUGCUGAAAAAAGGCUGAAAUUGGCUCAAAUACAAGAACAGGAAGCUUCAAAUCAAGAAGCUUUUGCUGUUAAAAAGAAAGUUCUUGCGGAUUCAAAACCAAUCCCGAUUGUUACAAAUAAUCACAAAGCUCCAUCUAUUCCAGCUUCAAAUCCAUUACCUUUACCACCUCUUCAAGUUAAAUCGAAGAGAAGGCUGAAGAGAUAA